UGUCGCUGAAAAUCAUUCUGCGUUUUUCUCUACCCGCGAGAAGACGCGUGUGAGUUUUUUUUCACCACCGAAAAGUGAUCCAAAAUCCGGAAGUUUGCUUCAAAAGCCAGAAAUUACAUCGUUGUUUUGUGCAGUUGAUCAAGUGUAACCGAAAGCAGUAAACAAUGGCCGACCAAUAUUCCGGUUACGGAGGUGCUCCUCAGGACUACGGCGGUUCAAUGCAAUUUUCGGUACCUCCGCCGGCGCUUUCGUCGACCAAUUUCAGCCAACCGCCGCCGAUGGGCGGAGGUGGUGGAGGCGGCGGCGGUGGUGGCUACAAUGCUCCUCCACCUUCGGUCGGUGGCUACGGCAGUCAGCCCCCGAGCUCAGCGGGCGGCGGAUACGGUGCGCAAAAUGAUUACAAAUCCGGCGGCCGUGACGGCGGUUACGGCGGUGGAAACCGCGACGGUGGCUACGGAGGAGGCAACCGUGGAGGUGGCGGUGGCUACGGAAACGGCGGACCUCGAGGUGGUAACCAAUCCGGUGGCUACAGCAGUGGCGCCGGCAACAAGGGUGGUUAUAAUAACAAAGGAGAUGGUGGUGAAAUGGUCACCCAAGAGGAUACGAUCUUCGUCCAGGGCAUGAACCCGGAAACAACCGAGGAGGAAAUCGCCGAACAUUUCGGAUCGAUCGGUUUGAUCAAGAAGGACAAACGUACCAUGAAGCCAAAGAUCUGGAUGUACAAAGACAAGGAAACGGGCAAUAUGAAGGGCGAGGCCACCGUCACCUAUGAGGAUGCCAAUGCUGCUCAGUCCGCCAUCGGUUGGUUCGGCAACAAGGAAUUCAACGGAUCCGUCAUCAAGGUUUCGUUGGCACAGCGUUACAACACCUGGCAGAACAAGGGAGGAAAUCGAGGCGGUUUCAACAAGGGCGGAUUCGGUGGACGUGGCGGAGGUGGUGAUCGCGGAGGCUACGGCGAUCGGGAUGGAGGUGAUCGAGGAGGUCGAGGAGGUGGCCAGCAGGGUGGUGGUCGCUUCGGAAGUGGAGGUGGCGGCGGCGGCGGUGGUGGUGGCGGUCAGGAACGCGAAGGAGACUGGACCUGUGGCGAAUGCAGCAAUAAGAACUUUGCCUGGCGAAACGAGUGCAACCGGUGUAAGGCUCCGAAGGGCGAUGGCGCCGCCGGAGGAGGCGGUGGUGGCGGUUUCGGAGGAGGCCGGGGUGGGGGUCGUGGAUCGUUCGGAGGCGGUCAGCGCAAUAGCGGCGGCGGCGGCGGUCGUGGAGGUUUUGGUGGCGGUAACCGUGAUGGAGGAUAUGGCGGUAGCGGCGGCGGUGCCAUGCGUGGAGGCGACCGAAACCGGGAUCAGCGACAACGGCCGUACUAAACCAGAAUUACUAGAUAUUCCACACACUAAACGUAAGGUAAAUCAGUCUCCCACGUUCAUCUCGCCAGGUCGCACCCCAAUCAUACCAGAAAAGAAAACAAUCACAGUCACGUAAAAUUUGCUUGAAUUUCCUAACCCUUGACUACUUGACGACAGUAUCAACUGGAAAGCAGCUUGUUUUGCUUUCCCGUUAGUAGACCUUCCCAAUUCUGUGGGAAGACUUGUAAGCAUUAUUUUAAACCAUUUAAGAAAGUCGUAACCCAACACUGUGUACAACAUUUAGCUCGUAGGAACAGUCAUUUCUUUGUUAAGGUGUCAAUUGAAUCUGAUGUCGAAUCGAUAAGCGAGAUUUUAGGUCAUGCUACUGUGAAACAGGUAGGUAUUGGAUAGCGCAUUAGGGACAUCAAUACGAAUGUUUUGAAUGAAAAAACACUGUAAAAAAGUGAAAGAAAUGACACGAAAUAAAUAAUCACUACAACAAUA